AUGGGCAGGGUACAAGUUACACGAGGAUUAACGCGGUCGACACCUGCACUCACCUUGAUGGCAGCUGCCGAUACCGUUACUUUGGCUUCAAUGUUUGUUCAGAAGUAGCUGAAGCUCAUUAGGAAGGUGGUCGGAGUGUAAACUGAAGAAGAAUGUCAGAGCAUGCAAAAUACAUAAAAGAUCCGUUUAAAGAAGAUUAUUAAUACUUCAAGUCAAUAAAAAAUGCGAAGAAGUUCAGCCUUGUAAAAAAAACGAAACCUUUUCUAAAUCUUCAUUAAGGCGGUGGACGGUGUUAAACAUAGCAUCCUUUACAACAUUAAACAUUACCAUUACAAUAUAAAUAUUUUUUUUGCAUUUAGAUUUUUUGACAGUUUUCCAGCUUUCAUUCAUUUGAAAUAAAUUUUUUUCGAGUUACUGUUUUUGCGAACGACUGGUAGAAAUUACCUCGCUUUCGACUGAUUAAAAACGGAUCUGUCAAAAUUUCACUGGAUAUUUUUUUGAAAUUUUGUCUUUAGUAGAAAAGUUCCAAAAUUAGGCAGAAAAUUUACGGAACUAGAAGAUCCAUUUUCCUAUUUUCUAUCUCUUCAAUUUGUUUUUUUGUACUUGAAGUGAGAAUAUUUUUGAGCGAACACCUUUUUCCGUACGCAAGAAUCAUUUGAAAUGCAGUCUAACAUUCACGCGAUCUAUAAUUAAUAAUAGGCCUAUGAAAAAUGCACCGAACAAAGCCCACUGCACUCUAAAUGCGCCAAAAAAAGUGUCUGUCCUGAUUUUCACUUCCAUUUCCAAAUUAUUACUCUUUUAAUUGAUUUCUUGUUGUAGUUUUCAAUAAGCUUUCGUUUUGUGAAUGGAUUGUUCGUUUAAUUUCAGGAAUAAUUGCCGGUAGUAGAAAAAUAAAAAAACUGUGAAUCAAUUUAAUAGUUUUUUUCCUGUGAACUGGCAAGAAAAAACCAUUUUCACCGUUAUUUCCUGUCAGUAUACAUUCCAUCAAGGAUCAUUCUAACAGACCUCAAGGCUUCAUAGUUUCAAGCUCUGUACUUUCCAUCAAGAUAUUCUCAAUUUCUUUCACAUUUUUGUGCUCUUGUAUCCUCUUGAUCCUUUCGAACUUCAUGCAGAGCUGUUCUUCUCGAAAAAACCCAAAACGGCUCACCAAUUUUGGCGAGUCACGAAUAGGAGCGAGUUGUUAAAUAUUUCAUUUGAAAUGAAUAGCCCUCUAAGCGACGACAAUUGCGUCGUAAUUCCAGGAGAUCCCGACGUUCUGGCCGUAUUAGGCAACAGAGAGGACAUCAGGAAGGAGUCGGAGCCGUGAUUGGCGAGAGGUGGGCGUGGCGGGAGCAUCUCGCGCGCCGAGGCUUACGGUAGGCUGCUCAGAGGUCGUCGGGGCACACAUUCGCCAUCCGACCAGCCGCCGCCGCCGAUGCAGACCUCCCAGCGGCUCUAUCCGUCGCUGAACGCCCUCGCCACGACGUCUUCCUCCGCUUCUGGCACCGCCACCGCCUAUUCCGCCUCCAAAAUGCAGCCGGUUCGUUUCUCCAUCUCCUUUUCUUCCUUCCGUUCGCUCCAAAUCUGUCCCCAUUUUUUCACCUGUCCCCUCGCCGACGCAUUUCGCUCCCGAUUAUUUUAGGAAUUCAACGGCGAACAUGUCGACGACAACCCUUAGAAUAUUCAUAGCCGACAAACGCCAACAAUGAUUUACUCAUGCGGCCACACACGCGCCCCCCUCCCCAAUGAGAAUAAUUUAAGAAGCGAAGAAGCCGCCAUGAAAAAUUUAAUAUCGUUUCGGGGGCAGCGGCGUGUUCAUGAUUAGGCCAUUUCCUACUCUCGAUGUUGCUUUCGGUAUUUAUUCGUCAUCUUUAAUUAGCGAUGAAGUUCUUUUUCUCGUUUGAAGAAGCUUGAUGAGAAGCUGUAUCUUGGCUCAACUGUAAUUAAAGGGUUAAACAAUAGUUUCCAGUCUCCUUGAUAUUAUUUUAGCAGUGGAUAACUCGGUUUUUUUUCCUAGCACAGCUAAUAUUUUGAAAUAGUUUAUAUAACAUCUCAAUUUCGCAUUAUGGCUUCAAAACUUGUCUUUUCUGAGCUUUGGCAUCAACAGUUAUUUUCCUGUCCCGAAGUUGUUCCAGCUUCGAAAUUUUACAAGAAUAAGCUUUGCAUUUUUUGAAACUAGUUCGGAUAUAAAAUGGGAUGGCAAAUUUUCAACUUUGAACUGUUUUUAUCGGCUUGUCAUCGAAAAGUUUUGAUUCGGAAUUUUUGUCAGUUUUUGGUAUUUUUCUGCUUUUUUGCUUAACUCUCUUCCCAUCUUCAAAAAAGUCGUAAUAAGAAUAGUUCUCUCAAGUUAUUUCGCUCUUUUACAUAUAUUUUUGAGAGAUUUGGUUCUUCAUUUUUUUUUGUUAGUUUAACCCUUGAUUUUCAGCUUUUCAAGCUUUUCAAUUCAAAAAAGAACUUUCACAUUUUGGCUGUAGGUAGUUUUAGAGGUAGGAGAAGUUCUUAAUAAUUUAUUUAAGGCUAUGAGAACCUUAACGAGUUGGAACUUUAAGAAAGUUGAACUUCUGCGAUCCAUAUAAAUUAAUUUCUUAAGUGGGUCUUCUCUCUCGAGAAACAUGUCGGACAAGAUGAAGUGGCGUCACCUCGCAAAUAAAAUAUUCCGGCAUGCAUCGGUACAAGAUCAACAGACCAGCAGAAUGAGUAAAAAACGUCUCUUGAAAAACUCCCACGCGACAAAAAUAUCACGAAAAUGCGUAAAUCGAGGAUCCAGACCCGCGAAUGACGUUAAUAGGAAUCCAUUCUGAUAGUGGCAGGUGGAAAAGAAGUAGGCGACUUGAACUAGACUUGAAACACCCCUUUUCCCCCAGAUCUUUAGUCAUUUCGGAGUUUCAGUUCAACAACAGCCUGUUCGGGUCCUUCGAUGAUCCGUUGUUGCACGCCCGCGCCGCCCAGGCCGCCUUGGCCGACAUCGACGUCAAGAGCGUCCAUCUGACCAACCCUCUGAUGCGGCCGCACGACAUGUUCAGGUUGGGAUUGAUAAAGGAAUGAUUGUUGCAAAAGUCUUUUUAAGCUUCGAGAUCUAGAAAAGUUUUGAUAAUUUUUUUUUACUCCUCUUUCUAAUUUUUCUCUGAGGCUUGUGCAUGUUUGAGGUGGCUAAGAGUAAAAAUCUGAAGUUUUAGGGCAGAUAUAUUCGAAAUUUGAGGUCUCUGGAAAGAUUUUGAUAAUAUUUCUAGCGCCUUGCUUUGAAUAGUCUUUUAGGCAUUUUUAACUUUGAUCUGACAUAAAUUUGGAAAAAAAAGCUCUUUAGAAAAUAUAUCCCAAAGAGUCCAACGUCGAUAUUCGAGCUCUUGAAAGUCGAUGAGGAUAUUUUUUGAACUUCUGCUUCGAUUUUUUGUUUACUGAGGUUCAGGCUUGAUCUUGUUAAAUGAUAGGAGUUCUGAAAAAUUUUUCAGUGACAUCUGAGCCCAGAUAUUGAUGCUUCGAAAAAAAUAUUUUUAACCUUUUCAAAGAAAAAUUAUUUUUUAACCUUUUCAAAGAAAAAAUUUUAAUUAAGUUUUCCAGCUUCUUUUUUUUUUGAAUGAAAAUCUGAAGAGCAGCUUCUAACAACGGAGAGAAAAACUAACGAAUAUUUUCCUCAACUCUAAAUGACGUAAAACAAGCCAGUUUCAUUUCGGAAACGCUUUUAUUGUUUUAUUUUGACUCUUCAAAAUUUUCUGGUUUCUCACUAAAAUCAGCCUUGUACUUUUUUGUGAAUGGAACUUCAAAUUGGUCGAUAAGGUUCUGUGUUUUUUUGCCUAAAAAGAUUCCAAGGAUCCGCUGUAAUGUUUCAGAGAAAAAUUCUUCUAUGAUUUUUUUCCACUUAGAAAAGUGUAAAGAAAAUUGAGGAUAGAACGUUUCACGCAGAAAGACUUUUUAUGAAACGCGUUUCAUUUUUCAUUUUUCGAAACUUUCUCAGUUUUUUUUAAGAGGAUAGUUUUAUAAGACGCUUUUCAUUUUAUAUUUUUGAAAAACUUUCAGAAUUUCUCAUUUUUCCGCUUUUCUUCCUCUCAGCCUCCAAAACUGAAAAAAAAACGAAGAUGUUCAGCAACUACUUCAUGACGGGCCACGACACGGCCAACAUCUACCAAGGCCUUCCUUCUUCUUCAGAACCCUUUGACGCCACUUCCUUGAUCCCCACGUCUUCUGAACAGAGUCAAGAACAGAUGACGCCACUUCAACAAGUAGACUUCCUUUCAGAGAUUCUAUUUAUAGUCGCAAUUUUGUAGGUAAUGGCGAUGCAAAGUUACGGAGCCCCGCCACAAUUCACGCAGUACCCCAUGUCGCACUCCUUCGCCGCCUCCGCUAUCACUGCGCCGACGCAAGUUGCGCGGUAUCCGCUGGCCGCUCCCACUGCUGGUGAAUCUUCCUUCUCAUUAUAAAAAAGGACUUUUAAAUAAAUAUUAUACAAACCAAGGAAAAAAUGGGAACAGGACCUCAUUGAAAAAUAUAUAAAUUUUACCCUUUAUAUAAUUGGAAAAUUCAGGAUUUAUUAUUUUAAUGUUUAUUAUGAAACAUAUAAGACCCUUGAGAAGCUGAUAGUAGGAUAAUAAACGUGAGAAAAAAAUCAGUAAAUAUAUUACUUCGCUGGAAAAUUAAGAAAUAAACGUCAAAAGUACGAAAGUGCAAGAGAAAAAGAUUCAUUCACGACUUUUUUUGAAUUUUCGAAAUUUACAGCUUUUUGAGAAAAAAAGUUAGGUUGCUAUACAACAAAAAAAAGUUGCUUUAUUUUAAAAUACUCAAAAAAAUUUUGAUGUUUUAGAAGAAUGUGGCUCAAUUUUAAUAUUUUGUGUCAUCAAAUUUGUCGCGAUAUAUAAUUGUGAAUCACGGCGACUGCCUCAGAUUUUCAAAGAAACAUAAGAAAUUGUUUUUUUAAAGAAUUUAUGAGCUUUUUACUUUUUUUAACGAUAACUUUAAACUUGGAAAGAUUUGAAAAAUCGAUUAUUCGAAAUCAUGAAAAAGCUAUCCUAAACCGAAUUAAGAACUGGAAACAGACCCGCGAGAGUUGGAACGGUUCGCUGAACACUUCAAACAGCGGCGAAUCAAGCUCGGCGUCACUCAGGUUUUUAUUUGAAUUAUUUUCUGAUUUGAAUAUGAAAUUGAGGCUUUUUAUUCAACUUUUUGAUUUUUCCAAAUCAUUUAUCACAUUUUUCUUCAAUAUUUUGCUUCUAGGCUGACGUCGGAAAAGCCCUCGCCCACCUGAAAAUGCCUGGCGUCGGGUCCCUCAGUCAAUCUACCAUUUGCAGGUUGUUUUUCUUCUUAUAGAUAUUUUCAAUUUCCAAUUUUAAGAUUCGAAUCCCUUACCCUUUCCCACAAUAACAUGGUCGCCCUGAAGCCCAUACUCCAUUCAUGGCUUGAAAAGGUUGAAAAAAGGAAAACUUCAGAGAUUUUAGGAAAAAUCAUAUUUAGGCUGAAGAAGCGACGAAACAAAAAGACGCUUGCGGGGAAAUGUCCGGAAUCUUGCCGAACACAGACAAAAAACGCAAGAGGACCAGCAUCGCGGCGCCUGAAAAGCGGCUUCUCGAAGAUUAUUUCAAGUGAGUUCGAAGUAAAAUGACUUUGAAAUUAGUGGAUGAAAUUUGAUCGAUCGCUUCAAAAGGAUUCUUAGGCUCGGAGAAAAAAAUUGCAAAAAAAUGAGUCGAAGUUUUUUUAUUAAGAAAAAUCAGUUGAGUAUAGAAAAGAUAAAAAAAGAUUUUAAAUUAUUUUUCGUUUAUUAGACAGGGCUUCAGUUUUACUUUAAGAAGAGUUAAUUUUAAAAAAAUGCUUCGAUGUCAUCUUUAUUUCUGAGUAAUUGUAUCAGAAAAAAAUCUUCCUUGUGGUUUUUUUACUUUUUUUAUUCCUGUUCAAAUUGAAGCUUCUUUCAAAAUUUUCAAAUACUUUCAAAACCGAAUUCGAAGAAAUUGAAGCAAGUCUGAAACUGAUAAUGUUCAGGCAACAGCCGCGACCUUCCGGAGAACGGAUCGCCGCGAUUGCCGACCGACUGGACCUGAAGAAAAACGUGGUCCGAGUUUGGUUCUGCAACCAACGACAAAAGCAGAAAAGGUACUUGGCCGCUCGGAAAUUCAGCCUCCUCUCAUUCAUUGGGCAUUAGAUAAAUAAAUAAUACGAGCAGCAUUUAUUCACAAGGCCCGCCUGAAAACACGCCGGGUUCACUUCAGUUGGCCUGACCAUUUUCGGCGAGGCUUCUCUGUCGAGCCUUCCGAGACUUUUCUUUUUACUGAAAAAGUUUAAGCUUUUUGAGAGCCUUGCCGAAGCUCCUGAUGUUGUAGUUUAGAUAGAAGUUUCAUAAAUUUUUUUAAAUUUUCACAAUCUUUUUUUAAAACUACGUAUGAGGUUUUUAAAGAAAAACUUAUCUUUUGGAAUAAGGUUUUUUUGAAAAAUUUUUGAGAAAUUUACUUUUUUUCUGGAUUCUACAAAAACGCCUUUUAAGGGAGCAUUAAAACUAGAUUUUUUGGAAAGUUAUCCAGAAAAAAAGUUUCGAAAUUUUUCGAAAAAAGAAAUGUUGCCCAAGAUUUUCUUAUCUUUCCAAUUUUUGAAAAAUGUUUCUCUGAUAAUCUUUCGCGGUGAUUCUCGCUGUUUUUUUAGAUUACCUUAUUUUUCUUAAAUUUCAUUACUCUUGAAAAGUUUAAUCACUGAGAGCUUCUACAGUAUCCAUCAAAAUUUUCUAGUUGUAAAACUGGUUUCGGAUUCAUUUCCGCAUCAGAAAAAUCACAGAUCUCUUAUAUACUUCUUCCUAGAACCCUGUUUAAAUCUUACACUUGUUCUUGUUUUCCAGAGAUUUCCGGUCACAGUUCCGCGGACGCAGCACCGCCGCCAUGACUCAGAGGAUAAUGCCGGCGCCGACGAAAUGCAGCCCUUUUGGCGCGAUUCCAGGCUACUUUGACUGA